UUAGCGGGAUUUGUUCUCUUUUUGUUGGUGUUGUCAAAUGCGAUUUGUGAAUUGCUUUCCGAAUUACAGUUAUUAAUGUGGUCGCAAGCAAAAUCGAAGCUUCUAACCCAAUCGAAAGCAAGAACAAGAACUACAGGCAGAAGCAACAAACAGCACAGCUGACAGAUACAAGCGACGGCAACAAGCGAAACAAAACAAAACAAAACAAAAAAAUCAAAACUUCAAGCCAAAUUGCAUUCAUUCUAUCGAGUUAACUAUAAAGCUAAAUUAAGUGACGAGUGCAGCGCGCAGCUGAGCUAAAGAACAAAUAAACAACGGCAAAUCUUGUCAGCAAAAGAGAGAGACAGACAGAUAGAGAGGUAGAGAGAGAGAGAGAGACAGACAGAGCGAGAGAGGCCAGAAAUAAAAACGCGUGAAAAUCAACAAGUGCAACACGAACUUGAGAAAUAUCGAGUAUCGGGAAUUCAGAAAAUUGCAACAACAGAUCACCAAAGGAUCAGAGCAAAACCCCUCUAAGCGCACUUCACUGAGCCCCAACGCUCAACAGCCAACCGCACCAAAGUUCAUAUUAUUUAAUUUCUUUUUGCUACGCGCACAAAAACCAACAAAACACUUGAACUAUAGAAUGGUAGAAGGUGAUUCUGCAAAGAGUAAAAGCGAAUCCUAUAAUGUAGAAGCUGGCCUACAACCAAACUACAAUCAGAACAACGCAGCCGCAGCCGGUGGCAACGCAGCAAGCAAUCCAAACAACUCACCUAGCCUAACCGGUUCGAAUAGCAAUUCAAACGCGGGCACGCAUAUUGAUAACCGUGCGAUCAUCCAGCCGUAUUCGUUGGGCACGGGCGCCAAGCAGCCGGAAUAUCAAUUCGCUGCUGACAAUCGCGGCUACGAGCCGGAACCAAACACCAAUGGCAAGCAGCAGGACGUAGAGCGCAUCGGCGCUGGCGGUCCUGGCGAUAGCUCCGAUGAGGACGCCAAGCGUAAAACGCCGCUGCCGCCACCAAAUCGUCCGAUAGUCGCCAACUUCGAGCGGGCCAUCGAGCUGUGCGACUAUGGCAAAUUCCACUACAUACUGCUGGCCAUCUGCGGUCUGGUCAGCACGUCCGAGGAGAUGGAUGUCAUAUCCAUGUCGUUCAUCUUGCCAUCGGCCGAGUGUGAUUUGAAUUUGGACACGGGGACGAAAGGAUGGCUCAACUCGAUCAUUUUCAUUGGCAUGAUGGUCGGCGCCUAUUUCUGGGGCAGCAUCGCCGACAGCUUUGGGCGCAAGAAGAUUCUCAUUGUCAUCUCGUUCAUGAAUGCCUUCUGCAUCGUUGCCUCGUCGUUUUCGCAAUCUUAUGGCUAUUUCAUGCUGUUUCGCUUUCUCAAUGGCGCAGCGCUGGGCGGCAGCGGUCCUGUCAUCUGGUCGUAUUUCGCCGAAUUCCAGCCGAAAGCGAAACGUGGCUCCAUGCUUAGCUUCAUGGCUGCCUUCUGGACCUUCGGUAAUCUGUUUGUGGCCGGCCUCGCCUGGCUGAUCAUACCCACUCAGAUCGGCUUCAUAUCGGAAUAUUUCACAUACAACUCGUGGCGCAUCUUUCUGUUGGUCUGCUCGUUCCCAUCGUUCUUGGUUGGCUUCCUGCUCUUCUACCUGCCCGAAUCGCCCAAAUUUCUGCUGACCCGUGGCAAGAAGGACAAGGCUUUGGCCAUUUUCCGUGGCAUCUUCGUGACGAACACAAAGAAGAAGCCCGAAGAGUAUAUGGUGUACGAUCUGGAGGUCGACGAGAAGCUGUCCACCGAGAGCGCUGUGGGCUUCAAGGGUAAAUACCAUCGGAUGAUCACCGGCAUGGUGGACCACAGUCGCGACCUAUUCAAGUCGCCCAUAUUGAGAUUCACGCUCGUCUCGAUCACCAUCAAUUUUACAUUCCACAUUGGCUACUAUGGCCUGAUGAUGUGGUUCCCGGAGGUGUUCAAUCGCUACGAGGAAUACGAGAAAACCCAUCCCAACCAGCAGGCGGACAUCUGCACUGUCACCGACUAUGUGGUCGAUCAGCUACAAAAGGAAAGCCACAAUGGCACCUGCAACUCGGACAUACCCUCAUCGGUGUUCAUGGAAUCGCUGAUAACGCUCGCCUCCGCUCUGCCAGCGAAUCUGUUCGCCAUCCUCGGCAUGGAUCUGCUGGGCAGACGGUUCUUCCUCAUUGCCGGCACCUUGACCGCCGGCAUCUGCUCCGCCUUGAUGUACAUGGUGCGCAGCUCGCUGCAGAAUCUGCUCGUCUCGGCCGUUUUCAGUGGCGCUAUAUCGGCGGCAAAUGCGGCGCUCGAUUGCCUCAUCACCGAAGUAUUCCCCACCAAGUUGCGGGCGACGGGCGUGGCCAUAUCCAUGGUGGCCGCUCGACUGGGCGGCAUCAUUGGCAACAUUGUGAUCGCCCAGCUGCUCGACAACUUCUGCCCGGUGCCGACGUUCAUUGUGUCCUUCCUGCUCAUCGGCGGCGGCCUCAUGUGUCUCCUGUUGCCCAAUACGACGCGAAAGGAACUCAACUAAGUGCGCCCAACGCCCAUCCCCUCCCCUUUCGAUACCAGAGAUACACCUAAACAAAGAAACAGCCAAAAAACAAAAAGAGGGAAAUGAAAAUAAUA